CGGCUGUAUAUCUGGGUGAAACAUGGCUUCGGUUCGAGAGAAACACAACUCUGGACUGAGAUUCGUUCAUUAAACCAACGUGUGACUUUAGACAGAUAUAAAGACAGCAUUUCGAGGGAAUCUACAGAGAAGAUGAGCAGAAUAUAAGACUGAACCGAGCCUGUGAGAAGACAGCAUCGCAGUCUUCAGUACCAAAGCAUGACGGGUGUUCUGCGAAGCUCCAAACACAGACCCGGUAUGAAGCGCCCUCGGAACCAGCCUUACAGGGUUUUCGAUUAUCAACAUGUCCCGGUGUCUGUGACGUGUGACUUUGCUCCUUUCGGACGGACGUGUUCCUCUCUCUCUCCAUCUUCUGCAGACCUCCGGCAAAGCAGAGACAAACCUCAGAGCAAACACAAGUCCCGGAGGAGAGGGACCCAGCUAAGAAUGGAGGAGCUCAUGUGCAUUAAGAAGGAACUGACCGUGAUUAAAUCACAGAUAGAUGAGCUGCUGGACAGUCUGGAGCAGAUGGACCCUCAAAACCAAGAGCUGUGCGGAGACAGUGUGGCGUUCUCUCCGCUCCACGGCUCUGUGAGCAGUGCGGACGACUCAUCUGGUAGCUCUCCUCCCUCGAGGACCGACAGAGAGACACAGAGUCCACAGACAGCAGUCAACAGUGAUGAAUACAGACAACAUGUUAAUGACUAUGAACCAGAUUUGUUCUACAUGUAAAGACUUCAGACACGCCAAGUUAUUUGGGAAAAGCCACGGGAUUAAUCUGUGAUGGUGUAAAGAACAGGACCAUUAUAAACGAGGAGAGAUGUUUGGACAAUUUCCACUGAUCUGCUGACAGCUUCAUCUUGUAAACUAAACAUGAGCGCAGAGCUGAAUGAUGUCAGCUCGUAUCUUUAUGAGUUCAGUGAUGGACUGAUGCUGAAAUACUCAUUGAUUUCAGCUUGAAGUGUUUGAAUCUGGUUUGAAUCCAGUUCAGGAUGAUCUGUGUCCUAUGAACAGACCGAAACAAAGUCAACUGCUGCAUUUGGUUGUCAAACGCUGCUGCUGAUUUUAUGACUUAUUGUGUUACUGGUGUUUUUCCAUGAUUUCAAUCAGUAAAGUACCGACACGAUAAUAUUGAAACACAGACACACCAUGUUAUUGCAAAUAUCCUACAUACAUAAUUUUAUGAUAUGUACGCAAUAGUUAUGGGUCACUGAUAUGGGUUAUUAAACGGCUGAUGCCAAUAACGAUAUCUAAAUAAAUCUAUAUCAACUGAUAACCCCAUACAUGACCCUGAGAUUUACAAAUUAAUUAAAUUAUGUUAAUUAAAUGUAUGUGAGAUUUAAGAUUUAUAUUUAAAACACUUAUCUGAACCCAAAUGUCAUUUACCAUCGGCUCAUCCAUCAAUAUGGCCAAUUUAGUUUCAUGACUAGAUUUAUGAUCAGCUUAUGUCAUUUUUUUCAUGUAAAAAUGUAGCACUUAUCAAAACCGUUCUUUGAAAUAAGGCAUAACAUGGUAAAGCGGUUUCCCGCUGCAUGAUUGUGUAUCUUUCGUAAUAGAUAGCCUAUCUGUGAUUAUGUCAAAUAUAAUGGGAAUGCUACAUUGGUUUGUAUCACACAAUUUUGAAUGUAUUCACCAAUCGAAAUAAAAAUACAUUCAUGUAUAGUA